ACUCGUGUACACUACUAAACCGAAGCCAGGGGACGGAAAGUAAGGUGGAGUGUCGUCUCAGGUCUCUACCUCUGACCUCUCCUCUCUUUCUUCUCCGUCCAUCGAAGAAAUUCAGCCCUGACAUCCUGCGAAUCGAAGUCGUUUGGUGCGAUCCUAAUUGUUAGAGACGGUUUCUUCGCACGAAAGAGGGAGAUGAGCAAGGGGCGGGCUCCCGAACCCCUGGAUUUUUUCAUCUGGACGGUCGAGGAUGUCUGUUUAUGGCUUGAAGAGAUAAAUCUUGGGAGUUACCGCCAGGCUUUUGAGGAAAAUGGUGUCAAUGGUGAAUAUCUAGAAAGUCUUUCAAUGUUCACCACUGAACAAAUAUUGCACUUCAUAAGGCGGUGCCACAUGAAAUGGGGCGACUUCAUUACCCUUUGCAAGGAAUUAAGACGCAUAAAAGUGGCUUGCCUGAAAGGGGAACAACAAGUCCGCAAGCCAUGGUGGGCACGAUCAUGUCUAUCAGUGGUGUUUGUUAGCGUGGCUCAGCGGAAUAGACAGUCCCGUGUUGUAUCCUUGAAGUUGGAAAUAUAAGUCUUAAGAUGGCGUUCUGCUCAUUACAUAAGUCGUAAGAUGGAGUACUGCUCAUCUUCUCUUUGUUUUGCUUCCCUCCUCGCACCUGGAAAAUGGGUACCUGUGAAUUUUAGUUAUAAAGUUGUGCAUGCUUAUCUUCGUGAGUUGUGACCUUGUUUCAUAUAAGUCUGUGAUAUGCACAUUUUGUCCUGUGUAUUGGUGAAAUAAUCUUCGCACGAGAUAAAACUGAACUCGUCUUGAUUAAAUAUAGUUGAAUAUCUAUUUUUGA